AUGAAGCCCUCUGCAGACGCGCUUGAGAUCAUCUCCUGUGCCGUUCUCAUCCUCGUGAGCUUCGUCGGAAACGCGUGUUUAUUUUAUUCCACAAGCAAGUGCAUCACGGGGGGCCUGCAGACAUCCUUUCUUCUCAUUAUCAGCCUUGUGUUUGUCCACCUUAUUAAAAACCUGGUGGUGAACAUCCUCAAGAUCGUUUACUCUUCUGGUAUCUUGCUGGAUUCAGUUGGCUGCAAAGUUCUGCACUUCACUGCGGCCCUGACAACUUCCCUGGCCAUCUGGUUCAUGUUACACUUUGCGCUCCUCUACCUCCGGAAGCUUUACCAAAUUGUCUACCCCUUGAGCGGGGCUGCAAGCCUGAGCCAACAGAAGUACUCCUUGAAGGGGGUUUCUGCACUUUGGGUGGCUGGUGUGGCGGUAUACAUCCCAGUGCUGGUAUAUACUAGAAAACCAGAACACCAGAAUCCUGGAAAUGAUACAGGCUCUUUGUCUACUAACAGAAUUUACGUGGAUUGCUUGACUGGCUUUGGAAACGAGCAGGUAGAGCUUUACUACGGGAAAAUAUUUUUAGUUUUGAUUGAUAUUCUUCCUUUAGCUAUCUUAGUCUUUGUCUGUUUCUGGAUGGCUUUCCUUCUUUUAGAGAAGAAAAAGAUGACAUAUGGUGACAUCUGGAUUGGAGACGAUGAUUCAGAAACCGAGGUCCUUCGAGGGGCCAAAUUCAGUAUCUUGUUAAUGUUGCUGAUCACUCCGCUCUGGAUUUCUCACUUUAUCUUGGUCUAUUUCUUGAAGGACUUGGCAGUGUACGCCUUUAUUCCAGCUGUUCUCACAGCCCUCUCCUCCGGCUUCUCCGCUCUGAGUCCUUUCCUGCUUAUGUUGGUUAAUUACAAAGUGAAGUUGGUGUCCUUCUGUGGUGUCAAACAGGAAAAGUCCACACCACAGCCUGCAGAUGUCAUUCUCUCCCCAUAUGCUUAA